UAUAUUCCAUUAGUUAUUGGAGUUUUAGUUUUUUUCAGUGUUGUUAUUUUUGAAAUGGGAUAUAUCCAAAAUUACAAAGACAAGGUAAAAGGAUCCAACGAUUGGAGAUAUACUAUUCAACUUUUAUUUCCACGAGAAGUUAUCACCAUUCCAAAUUUUUUCCAAUAUUUGGUUUCCACUUUUUUGUUCUAUAUUGACUUUAUUGCAAUAAUGAGUACUAUGAUUCAAUAUAACUUAUAUAUCACCUUAGAUCCUCCAAUUCUUGCUGCUGUAAAAGUUUUGCCAGUUCCUUUGGGGUUAACAGUUGGUGCUUUAUUAUAUAAAGAAAAAACAGCUCAAAGAAUUGGGACAAAGUUUGUUAUUAUGGCAUCUCCAAUUCUUUUAUUAACAAUGACUGUAUGGUUAUCAAGAGUUGAUUUCAGGAAAAGUCAUAAUUUUUGGAAGUAUCAAUGUUUUAGUGAAUUGAUCUUUGGAUUCGGUAUCAAUUUAUAUUUCCAAGUCUAUUGGAAUGAUAUUUUGACAGGAACACCUGUUCAUUUACAAGGUGUUGUUUCAGGGAUUUUACAAACAGCUGGUCAAAUAGGUAUUUGUUUUGGUAAUACUAUUAUUGCUGCCUUGGUGGGAGAUUUGACGCUCAAUCAUGAUUAU